AUGUUUUGCAAAAUCAUUUUUAUUGCUGCUGUGGUAGCAUUGGUUGCUGCAGCCAAAUACGAACAUCAUGACUACCAUUCGCAUCCCAGCUACAAGUUCGAGUAUGGCGUCAAGGAUCCCCACACCGGUGACCACAAGAGCCAGUGGGAACAUCGGGAUGGAGAUGUCGUCAAGGGAGCCUACACCCUGCACGAGGCCGACGGAACUGAGCGUGUGGUCGAGUACUCGUCCGACAAGCACAACGGCUUCCAGGCUCAUGUGAAGCGCGUUGGACAUGCCCAUCACCCGGAGGUGUACGGACACCAUGAGAGUGGACACUCCUCCAGUGGACAUGGUCAUGGACAUGCCAGCAGCUACUCCAACGGAAACCUGUACCAGCAUCACCAUUAA